CCAUGAGCAGAUGCAGCUGGUUCGUUUCCGUGUCUAGGAAAGUGGGUAGUUGUCUAUUUAAUUCCGUUUUCGUCGCCCAGGCAGCAGCGUACGCGAACACAAUGGACUCACAGAGACCCACGAAGCUGGAGUUUGCGGUGCAGAUGACAUGUGAGAGCUGUGCGGAGAAAAUCCGAGCUGCCCUGGAGGGUAGACCAGGAGUGCAGUCGGUCACCAUCGACGUCGGUAAGGAGGAGGUGUUGGUGGAAUCGGCUCUGACCAGCGCCGAGGUUCAGGCUCUGAUCGAGAGCACGGGGCGCCGAGCCGUGCUGAAAGGUAUCGGAGGAUCGGAGCGAGACCUGGGGUCAGCGGUGGCCAUGCUGGCUGGUGUGGGGAGCGCCGUGGGCGUCGUGCGUUUCCUGCAGCUGUCCGAGGAGCGCUGUUUGAUCGACGGGACGAUCGACGGGUUGGAGCCCGGACCCCACGGCCUUCAUGUCCACGCACUGGGAGACCUCACGCAGGACUGCCUCAGCUGUGGAGAGCACUAUAACCCCUUUGGAAAACAACACGGUGGCCCAGAGGACUGUGAAAGGCAUGUAGGCGAUCUGGGAAACAUUGUUGCUGGCCCAGAUGGCAGAGCCUCCUUCAGACUAGAGGACAGUCAGCUGAAGGUAAUACAGAACUCAGAUCAUAUAUGUAACAUGUUUAAAACCUCGCUAUUGACACCUUGGUGCUCGCUCUUUCAGGUGUGGGACGUGAUUGGCCGAUCGCUGGUUGUAGAUGCCGGGGAGGACGACCUGGGUCGAGGCGGUCACCCUCUCUCCAGACGGACUGGAAACUCCGGGGAAAGACUGGCCUGUGGGAUCAUCGCCCGAUCAGCAGCUCUCUUCCAAAACCCCAAACAGAUCUGCGCCUGCGACGGCGUCACGCUGUGGGAGGAGAGAGAUCGGCCGAUUGCCGGGAAAGGUCGGAGCAAGAACAGUGCAGAGACGCCUGCGGCCAACCUCUGAACCUCCGGCACAAACACCGAGCAUAUACCUGUGGACCCUUUUGAAGAGAAAUGCAGAGGAGCAACUGAGAAACUCUCCCCACCGAAGACAAAAAUGGCCUUAUCUUCUCAUAAAUGUUCUUUGUGGUCAAAUCAAAUCUUGUUGCAGGACCCACAUCAUGUUGUCUGAGGAUUUUUCAAAGCACUAAAAGAGAUUAAAACAGCCAGAGACUUUUAAAAGAAGUCCCCUCCGAUUAGCCAGCUGUCUGUUCAGACGGUUAUGUAUUUUGUAUUUCAGUCACCUCUGACACUGCUGCCUCAUUGCUUUCUAAUAAGAUGAGCUUGUAACAUUUGAGGGAUCUGUUUUGGCCGCGGCGGCUGCGAUAAAUGCACUUCAGUUUGCUCUCAAAGUGUCUAAUCAAUUAUGCAAGCCAAAAGUAGUAGUAAAGAAAGGUAACACGGCUCACACUCUGCUCCUAUGAUCACAGUAGAAACUCAAGAGAUUCCUUCCAGUGAGUCAGGAAGAAGUUAACCUCAAACAUGUUGUGUUUAGAGAGGAAAGUGAACAAACAGAAUAAAUAAUGUCAUACUGAUUAUUCAUCAUAUUGUCCUAAAGGCUGGUAGCCUUUCAGCUGUGGUAGGUCUUAACUUCAGUCUCUUCAGUCAAUAUGAGGUUUGUGAUUGAAUAGGGACAGAAAUGUCUAAAAACACAGACAACAUAAAGGAUAUAGACUCAGAGUUUCAGCCUCUCCAGGUUGGAUUUAUUGCAGCUUACUUGAAAAAUUCCAGUUCCAGUGUGCAGCCACGAGUCCCCCAUAAAAUCCCCCCCGUAGUGUCAUGUAUUUAAAGUUGCUCUAUGUAUGUUUACUUGACCAAAAGGUUUGAUGUUCUUCUGGAGGAGCACUGUGAGUUGAAUUAUGACUGAAAAAAAAAAAAAACUUCCUGCACUGGUGUGUUCAUUGACAAUCCAUGAGGUGGUGUGAGUGACUCGAGUGAGAGACAUGAAGGAGGGGGGGGGGGGGGGUGUCUUUAAGUAAUGAGUAAUGUAUGCUCAGCUGUUUAUAUCCAACAUGGGCUCUGAGUGUUCACUUCCUUCAUGAUGGCUGCACCCAACUUUCGAGCCGUACAAUGCAGAGAACGUGAAUGUGUCCGCUCUGCUCUUCAGUCUUUAUUGUUUUCUCCUGUUCACAUGCUGAUCAAUGUGUAAGAACUCCCCUACAAGCACUUGUUGAUUUCUGUUAAUGUGUAUUUUUGUCGAUAUGUGGGCAGUGUGUGUGUGUGUGUGUGUGUGUGUGUGUGUGCACCUUCCUGACCAGAUGAGUGUGCAGCAGGAUUCACAUUGAUUUUUGCACUAAUUGAGCGUCUGUCUUGUCCCGGUCACGCCCCAACACGCUUAUUGGAUUUCCCCCCGAAUUGUUCCGGACGUGUGCUUUUGCAUUUGUGUUUGUAGGUUGUGUGAACGCAGCUUCAAUGCAUGUCUGACUUAAGGAUUCUUCAUUUCAUUAUUUUUAAUUUCAUUAUUUCGUUUGGACAAAAAUCCUGAAUUUCUCUGAGUGAAAUCCAAAAGAAAAGAUUUAAAGCAGCCGUGAAGCUGCAAGCAAGGAUUGUUUUAUUUUCACUUACAUUUUUCUUUUAUUGCUAGAAAUAGAGACACUUUGCCACAUCCUUUUUUUUUCUGUCAAAUCCUGAAAGUAUAAAUGGAUGUUGUCAGGGGGAUGUUGGGUAAUUCAAGGUGCGCUUUAGUAGGGACAAAUAACUAAAAAAAACUAAAAAAAAAAAAACAGUGGACCAGCUUAUCUCCCUUUGGUAGUGGAGUGGUGCCUGAAGCAAUUAGUGUGCCUGUAACCCAAAAAGUAUACUUAAUUAAGUCAAUAAAAAAAGAUGUGGACCCAACUUAGAUGGAGAGCUGCAGCUAAGGUUUGCUUAUUUGAUGAUUUCAGAUGUUGAUGUUUUCUUAUCACUUUUUUAAUCUACAAAAUAUAUUUAAAAAAAAAAAAUCCUUAUUUCCCUCAGUGGGUUGCAUUCAAUAUUUUUUUCUUUAUCUAAGAAGUAAUAAAUUGAUGAUUUAAGCGCUGUGAAUGCAGCUUGGAUGCUGUGAGACGGGAUUCAUUCUUUUUUUUGUUCAUUAUUAAGUCCUUAAAUUCUGUAAAAUCACUUCUCUUGCCUACAGCCCAAAGUAAUACAUUUGAAUGUCUUUUUUUCUUAAUCCAAACAUGAUUUAAUGUACUCAAAGCUGGAACCAUGAUUGUUCAGUGUUGCAACAUACUAGACUUUUUUUUUUCUGAUGAUCUGUCCUAGUUUUCUUUUUUUUUUUAGAUGUAUAAAUCUGACUGAAUGUACAAAGCUUAUAUCAAGCAUUAAUUCUGCUAUAGAUCCUUUCUCUGUGAUAUAAGCAAAACAUGUCUCCUUUUUCCACAACACAUAAUCAUCUUGAAGUGUUUUUCUGUCUCUUUGGAGCAGAACUCUGCACCUUUGAGGUAUAGCCUCGAACACUUCCACUGGUCUUUAAUCAAUUAAACAGUAAACAGGCUCUGA